CCAACAGUUCCCAGUGGGGGCUCCCAUGGAGAGGGUGGGAGUGGAUGUAGUUGGGCCGUUCCCCACCACAGGAGGCAGAGACCAUUGUCGACGCCCUGACAGCGGGGAUGUUCAGCAAGUUUGGAGCUGCGGAGUCCAUCCACAGCGACCAAGGCAGAAACUACAGCCUCAAACCACCAUGUGUGAGAGGUUGGGUAUGCACAAGACCCGCACUACUCCUCUCCAUCCUCAAAGUGAUGGCCUUGUGGAGCGCUUCAACAAAACGCUUGGACAGCAGCUGGCCAUCGUCUCUACCAAACACCAGUGUGACUGGGACAAGCACCUGCCUAUGGUCCUCAUGGCAUGCCGCUCCGCUGUCCAAGACUCCACCUCCUGCACGCCUGCUCUCCUCAUGCUGGGGAGAGAGAUCCGCUCCCCUGCGGAGAUGGCUUUUGGUCGGCCCCUGGAUAGCCCAUGUUCUUUUGGAGCCGGAGUAUGCCCGGAGACUCCAGGACCGCCUGGAGACAGCCCACAUCUUCGCCAGAGAGCAGCUGCAGGUGUGAGGCAGAAAAGGAACUACGACGUGCACACCCGGGGAAGGCACUUUGUGGCUGGGGAGCUGGUUUGGGUCUACAGCUCCCUGAGAAAGAAAGGCAGAUGCCCCAAGUUGGACAGUCACUGGGUGGGACCCUGCAGCGUCAUGGAGAGGGUAGGGGAGUUUGUUCACCGGGUGCAGCUUCCUCCCAGGGGGAGAAAGGUGGCACUGCACAGGGACAGGUUAGCCCCAUACAGAGGGGCCUCUUCUCCCCAAACCCACAAUUCCCCUCUCUGGCAAUGACCGUCUCCAGGCACC